CGCGGGCAAGGGCUGUUUUGAGUUUUCCACACAGGAGAGCAGUCGUCCUCGCUCCCCAGCAGUUCCCACUUUCCAGACCCAAACUUCGCCCUUUAUUUCGUUUCUCGACGAGGGCUCUAACCCCCGCAAAAUCAUCGAAUUUCCAAACCAAAUCUCUCUCUCUCUCUGUGCGCGGGCGAGCAAACCCUAAACGGUAGGAUUCAAUCAUUUGUCACCAUGUUGAAGUUUUCGUCGACGUCCGCGAACCAGAUUCGGUUCCUGCUCCAGAGCCUCAACGAAUCCAACAAGGAUGCUGCUCUUCGUGAGCUGCUUCAGUUUGUUGAAUAUGGAAUUGAGGGCAGCAUUAUUCUGCUUCAAACAUGCAUUGAUCACCUGAGCUUUUACAUCACAGACUCAAAGAACAUGCAGCUGGAUUCAGUUGUUGCAUCAAUUUUUAAAUACUUGUUGGACAAACCAAAUUUUAGCACAGUGUUUUUUGAGUCGCUAAGGGAUACAGAUAUCAAUGAAGGAACUAUUGAGAAUUUCUCCAAUGCACUUCACCUGUCUGUAUCUGAAAAAAUUGGCUUUGGCCUUGCUUUGUCAGAUUCUGAAAAUCUUGAUACCAGGAUUUCUGGCAAAAAUUUUUCUAUGGCUCAGAUUCAGGAAUUCUGUGCCAAUCCUGUUUCGGUGAAUUCUUCUGAACAAAUUCAGAAUGUUGUUAUGUUCCUUCAGCGCUCUGAGGGCCUUUCCAAGCAUGUAGAUUUCUUUAUGCAGAUGUUAUCUCUAGUGAAGUCGAAUGAAGUCACCCCAUUUGUUUUAAGUCCAUUGUUUCCAGAUGAAUUGUGUGAGGAUUAUUUUCUGAGGAAUGUGGAUGCGUUCCAUGAAUCUAGAGAAGAUGAUUUUGAUUCUAUUUUAGCAGAAAUGGAGAAGGAAAUGAGCAUGGGAGAUAUUAUAAAGGAACUAGGUUAUGGGUGCACCGCAAAUUCAUCACAGUGCAAAGAGAUUUUCUCUCUUUUCUUGCCACUGACUGAGAUUACUUUGUCUAAAGUUCUCGGCACAAUUGCUCGAACCCAAGCUAGUCUUGAUGACAAUCUGACCACACUUUCAACUUUUAGCUUGGCUCUGGGUUGCAGCACUUUGUCUGAUCUGCCAUUGUUGAGCUCCUGGAAUAUUGAUGUUCUCAUAGAUACAAUCAAGCAACUUGCUCCUGGAACCAAUUGGAUACGUGUCAUUGAAAAUAUGGACCAUGAGGGGUUCUACUUUCCUAAUUGGGAGGCAUUCUCUUUUUUUAUGUCGGUAUAUAGGCAUGCGUGCCAGGAGCCAUUCCCUCUCCAUGCCAUUUGUGGGUCUGUUUGGAAGAAUGCUGAGGGUCAGCUAUCUUUUCUUAAAUAUGCUAUUUCAGCUCCACCAGAUGUAUUUACGUUUGCCCAUUCUGUGAGGCAGCUGUCCUAUAUCGAUGGUGUGCAUGGCCAUAAGCUUCAAUUUGAUCACGCGAAUUAUUCAUGGUUGUGUCUUGACCUCUUGGACAUACUAUGUCAACUAGCUGAAAGGGGUCACGCCACUUCAGUUCGGUCAAUGCUUGAAUAUCCUAUUAAAAAUUGUCCUGAAGUCUUACUUCUUGGGAUGGCACAAAUAAAUACUGAUUAUAACCUCCUCCAAUAUGAAGUAUCUUUCACUAUUUUCCCCAUUAUACUUAAACAUGCCAUGGGUAGUGGGAUGAUUCUUCACCUUUGGCAUGUUAACCCCAAUUUGGUAUUGCGGGGAUUUGUAGAUUCUCUCAACUAUGAUCCAGACAGCAUGACUAGAAUAUUGGACAUUUGCCAAGAGCUAAAGAUUAUAUCGGCAGUGUUAGAUGCAAUUCCUUCUUCUUAUGCCAUAAGAUUGGCAGCGCUUGCCUCAAGAAAAGAAUUCGUAGACCUUGAGAAGUGGCUCGGUUAUAAUUUAAAUACAUAUAAAGAUAUUUUCUUUGAGGAGUGCCUCAACUUCUUAAAGGAGAUUUUUGGCGGAUCACAUGAUUUUUCCACCAAAACGUUCCAUCACUCUGGUGCUGUCUUGAACCUUUGUGUGGAGACUAGUUCUACUUUUGUUAAGGUUCUUAAAGCUCAUGCUGGCUUGAUUAACUCAAGCCACCUUGCCGAGGAAAUGGAAAAGUUGUCUUUAACAUUUAUGGAUUCUAGUCCAAGGUUGCAGAAUGGUGGGGCUACAGAUUCUUCAACGUCUGAUGGAUAUGCGGAUGAUAUUGAGAGUGAAGCAAACUCUUACUUCCACCAAAUGUUUUCUGGUCAGUUGACCAUUGAUGCAAUGGUCCAAAUGCUUGCUCAAUUCAAGGAAUCUUCUGUGCAAAGGGAACAAUCAAUUUUUGAGUGCAUGGUUGCAAAUCUGUUUGAGGAGUACAGAUUUUUCCCCAAGUAUCCCGAAAGGCAGCUCAAAAUUGCUGCAGUUCUGUUUGGCUCUGUUAUCAAGCACCAGCUUGUGACUCAUCUCACUCUAGGGAUUGCUCUGCGUGGUGUUUUAGAUGCACUACGCAAACCUGCAGAUUCAAAAAUGUUCUUGUUUGGGACUCUGGCUUUGGAGCAGUUUGUGGAUCGACUGAUUGAAUGGCCUCAAUAUUGCAAUCAUAUCUUACAGAUAUCCCAUUUGCGUGGUACUCAUUCAGAACUUGUUGCUUUCAUUGAACAGGCUCUUGCCAGGAUUUCAGCCGGCCAUUCAGACACAGAUGGAGGCAGCCAUGCUGCUGUUGUUAAUCACCAUGGCUCUAACCAGGCUUCCUUGGGAAAUUUGGAGUUAAAUGGCUCUAGCAUCAUACAGCCUGGGCAGCAGCUUCUGUCCCCACUGCAGCUUCAACAGAGACAUGAAAGUGUUGAGGAUCAUCAUCAUAAAGCCGCUGCAGCAUCAUCUAGUGAUGUGAAGCCAAUCUUAUCUUCUGUAGGGCAGUCUUCAGCUGUUAAUUUAGGCGAUACUUCCACCACUAUUCAAAAGUCACAGCAUGCUGUCAGUGCCCCAUCAAUGCUAUCCUCCUCAUCUGGCUUUGUUCGUGCUUCACGUGGAGUUACUUCUACCAGGUUUGGCUCUGCUCUGAACAUUGAAACACUUGUUGCCGCUGCUGAGAAAAGAGACACUCCCAUAGAGGCUCCAGCAUCAGAGAUUCAAGAUAAAAUAUCUUUUAUCAUCAAUAAUAUCUCAGCUGCUAAUAUUGAAACUAAAGCAAAAGAAUUCACUGAAAUUUUUAAAGAACAGUACUAUCCCUGGUUUGCACAAUAUAUGGUUAUGAAAAGAGCAAGCAUUGAGCCAAAUUUUCAUGACUUGUAUAUGAAAUUUCUGGACAAGGUUAAUUCAAAGGCUUUGAAUAAAGAGAUUGUUCAAGCCAGUUAUGAGAACUGCAAGGUUCUUUUAGGGUCUGAGCUUAUAAAGUCAAGUUCUGAAGAGCGUUCAUUGCUUAAAAACUUAGGUAGUUGGCUUGGGAAGUUAACAAUUGGGAGAAAUCAAGUUUUAAGGGCUCGUGAAAUAGAUCCUAAAUCGUUGAUUAUAGAGGCAUAUGAGAAAGGAUUGAUGAUUGCAGUGAUACCAUUUACUUCUAAGAUUCUGGAACCGUGCCAAAGCAGCCUGGCAUAUCAACCUCCCAAUCCUUGGACCAUGGGCAUUCUUGGGUUACUUUCGGAGAUAUAUUCAAUGCUGAACUUGAAAAUGAACCUUAAGUUUGACAUUGAGGUCCUAUUCAAGAACCUAGGUGUUGAUAUGAAGGAUGUUACACCAACCUCUCUUCUCAAGGAUCGAAAAAGGGAAAUUGAAGGGAAUCCUGAUUUUUCUAACAAAGAUGUUGGAGCAUCCCAACCACAGUUAGCUGCUGAAAUGAAAUCUGGAAUGGUAUCUCCAAUGAAUCAAAUUGAGCGACCGCUUGAUGUUGGUGGUGCAUCUAAUUCUGGUGGCCACACACAUUUAUUAUCUCAGUAUGCUGCUUCCCUUCAUCUCCCUUCUGGUACGUUGAUGGAGGAUGAAAAGCUAUCAGCAUUAGGACUGGCUGAUCAGCUCCCCUCUGCUCAAGGAUUAUUACAAGCCACUCCAUCCCAGUCGCCUUUCUCCAUUAGUCAGCUUCCUGCGCCAAUACCAAACAUUGGAACCCAUGUUAUUAUCAACCAGAAGCUCAGUGCUUUGGGCUUACACUUGCAUUUCCAGAGGGCGGUUCCAAUUGCGAUGGAUAGAGCUAUUAAAGAGAUAGUAUCUGGUAUUGUUCAGCGCAGUGUAUCUAUAGCAACUCAAACAACAAAGGAGCUUGUUUUAAAGGAUUAUGCAAUGGAAUUGGAUGAGACACGCAUAUUUAAUGCAGCACACUUAAUGGUUGCAAGUCUGGCUGGAAGUUUAGCUCAUGUAACAUGCAAGGAACCCUUACGUGGGUCAAUAUCAAGUCAACUGAGGAAUUCACUUCAGGGUCUGAAUAUUGCAAAUGAACUUUUAGAACAAGCUGUACAACUUGUUACCAAUGACAACCUUGAUCUUGGCUGUGCAGUCAUUGAACAGGCUGCCACUGAUAAGGCAAUACAAACCAUUGACGGGGAAAUAGCUCAACAACUUGCUUUGAGAAGGAAGCAUAGAGAGGGUGUUGGUUCCGCAUUUUUUGAUGCAAACAUGUAUACACAAGGUUCAAUGGGUGUUGUACCAGAGGCCCUCCGCCUGAAAUCUGGUCAUUUGUCCCUUUCUCAACAGCGAGUUUAUGAGGACUUUGUUCGGCUUCCCUGGCAAAACCAAUCUAGCCAGAGUUCACAUGCUAUGUCUUCAGGUCCUGCUUCAACCGCCAGUACUGGUCUGACUGGUGCUUAUGGCCCAGCAUCUGGACAACUAAAUCUUGGCUACUCAUCUGGCACAGGAGACACAGGAUUUGAAGUAGCCUCUAGGACACAGGAGGAGUCAAUGGAAUCUAGUUCGGCUCUGCAUUUUAGUGGUUCCUCAAUUCACAUUGGAGUUGCAGAUGCUGUUACCCAGAUUAGUUCUGAAAAUGAUUCUUCCACCGCUUCAUUUCCUCCAACUGCUUCAGCCUCUGAGUUGCAUUCAUUGGAGUCCUCUGAUGUUGCAAAAGAAUCUGGAGAUGCUUCACAGUCAUUACCUUCACCAGUCAGCACUGAGCGCCUUGGAAGUAGCAUAUCAGAAACCACACUCUCUACUAGGGAUGCAUUGGAUAAGUACCAGAUUGUUGCACAGAAGUUGGAAGCUUUGCUAAAUAACGGAGGUAAAGAGACUGAAAUUCAGGGAGUCAUUGCCGAAGUUCCUGAAAUCAUAAUCCGAUGCAUAAGUCGAGAUGAAGCUGCCUUGGCUGUUGCACAAAAGGUUUUCAGAGGUUUAUAUGAGAAUGGGUCAAAUAAGAUUCAUGUUGGUGCUCAUCUUUCAAUUCUGACUGCUAUUCGUGAUGUUUGCAAGCUUGUUUUUAAGGAGCUCACUAGCUGGGUUAUUUACGCAGAUGAGGAACGGAAGUUCAACAAAGAUAUAACUGUUGGCCUUAUUCACAGUGAAUUGCUAAACCUUGCCGAGUACAAUGUUCACAUGGCAAAACUAAUUGAUGGGGGCAGGAAUAAGGCUGCAACCGAUUUUGCAAUUUCCCUUCUGCAAACUUUAGUCAUUGAAGAAUCUAAAGUUGUUUCUGAACUACACAAUCUUGUUGAUGCUUUGGCAAAGGUUGCUGCAAAGCCUGGGCCUCCUGAGUCAUUACAACAGCUGGUUGAGCUUGUGAAGAAUCCUGCUGCUGGUGUGGUUGCUAUAUCUGGUGUUAAUGUGGGAAAGGAGGAUAAAGCCAGGCAAUUAAAGGACAAAAAGGCUUCUGGGUACUCUACUGCAAGCAGGGAAGACUAUAAUAAUGCAGAAAUUGUAGAACCAGAUCCUGCUGGUUUUCGUGAGCAGGUUUCUUUUCUGUUUGGGGAAUGGUACCGGAUAUGUGAGCUGCCUGGGGCAAAUGAUGCAGCCUCUACCCAUUUCAUCUUACAGUUGCAUCAGAAUGGACUACUGAAGGGGGAUGAUAUGACGGAUUGCUUUUUCCACCUCCUGACGGAAAUUUCUGUUGCACAUUGUCUUUCUUCUGAGGUACUAAACUCAGCCACGUUGCAAUCCUCCCCCCAACAAGUGCAGAAUCUUUCCUUCCUUGCAGUUGAUAUCUAUGCAAAACUUUUAUUUUCAAUCCUGAAGGUAUCAAGCAAAUUCUUUCUUUUGUCUAAGAUUCUGGCAGUGACUGUUAGAUUCAUCCAGAAAAAUGCAGACGAGAAGAAAGAAUCUUUUAAUCCAAGACCCUAUUUUAGAUUGUUCAUUAACUGGCUGCUGGAUCUGAGUUCCAUGGAUCCUGUUAUUGAUGGUGCAAACUUUCAGAUUUUGACAGUGUUUGCAAAUGCAUUUCAUGCUUUGCAGCCCCUUAAAGUUCCUGCAUUCAGCUUUGCAUGGCUUGAGUUGGUGAGUCACAGGAGUUUCAUGCCAAAAAUGCUUACUGUAAAUGGUCAGAAGGGUUGGCCUUACAUCCAGCGCAUGCUGGUAGACUUAUUCCAAUUCAUGGAGCCAUUUUUGAGAAAUGCUGAGCUUGGAGUGCCGGUUCAUUUUCUGUAUAAAGGCACACUUCGGGUACUGUUAGUGUUGCUUCAUGAUUUUCCUGAGUUCCUGUGUGAUUACCAUUUCACCUUCUGUGAUGUAAUUCCUCCGAGCUGCAUACAAAUGCGAAACAUUAUCCUUAGUGCAUUUCCCCGUAAUAUGAGGCUGCCGGAUCCAUCUACUCCCAAUUUGAAGAUUGAUUUACUUGCGGAAAUCAGUCAGUCCCCACGCAUUCUUUCUGAGGUUGAUGCAGCUCUUAAAGCAAAGCAGAUGAAGGCUGAUGUAGACGAGUAUCUCAAGACUAGGCAACCUGGGUCCUUUCUGACUGAUCUGAAGCAUAAACUCCUCCUCUCACCAAGUGAUGCUGCUGCUGCUGGUACCCAUCACAAUGUGCCCUUGAUCAACUCCCUCGUGCUUUACGUUGGAAUGCAGGCCAUCCAGCAGUUGCAGCCGAAAACUCCUCAUACUCAGUCCACUGCCAACACUGUCCCAUUGGCUGUGUUCUUGGUUGGUGCUGCCUUGGACAUCUUCCAGGCUCUAGUAGUGGAUCUAGACACCGAAGGACGCUAUCUCUUUCUCAAUGCAGUUGCGAAUCAAUUGCGCUAUCCAAAUACCCAUACGCAUUAUUUCUCUUUUAUUCUUCUUUACUUGUUUGCCGAAUCAAACCAGGAAACAAUACAGGAGCAAAUAACAAGAGUGCUGUUAGAGCGGUUGAUUGUUAAUCGACCUCAUCCAUGGGGCCUUCUGAUUACUUUCAUCGAGUUAAUUAAGAAUCCAAGAUACAACUUUUGGAAUCGAGCCUUCAUAAGAUGUGCCCCCGAGAUUGAAAAGCUAUUCGAAUCAGUGUCAAGAUCCUGUGGGGGACCAAAAUCAGUGGAUGAGAGUAUGGUUUCUGGUUGGGUAUCUGAAAACGCCCACUGAUAAUCAUUUAGGAUUUGAUUAUCAAUACAAGACUGCAUUUGACUGACUUUAACCUGUUGAAGACUACUAAAUCCAUCCAUUAUUUGUAGAGUUCAAAUUUCUUACAAUUGUAUUUAAGUUUAGUUUUUUCUUUUUCUAUUUUUUUUUAAUCUGUCUUUUUCUUUCUUAUUUGCCUGAAAUACUCAGACGUGUAAGUGGUGCAUAGAAGAACCAUGUUUAAAGUUUUAAACUCUCGAGGGAAGCUAAGUAAUAAGAAUUGAAACUGAUAAUGUGCAGUUGCUCCAA